GGAUCGAUGAAGCCUAAAAGUAAAUCUACUCUCGUGGCAGAAAUGGAGAGUGUAGGAGAGACAGUUAGUGUAAGUGAGGCGAGGGAGACGCUGCGGAGCUGGAGAGAGGAGGGAGUACGCAAGAGUACUCAAUGCCUUCAGUUGGGACAGCUUCUGCUCAGAUCAGCCAGUCUAGGAUCAGAGGAGUGGGAGAUCCAUGAACAAGUGGUGGUGGCUGCCCUGGACACUGGGGACUUGGACACCGCUCAGCGUUCACUGGAAGCUCUCAGGAAGCAGUUCCCGGGUAGUCUGCGUGUGAAGCGUUUAGAGGGAAUGUGUUUGGAGGGCAGUGGAAGAUUGGAGGAGGCCCUGUCACUGUACGAGGAAGCUUUGGACAGCCACCCAAAUAGUGUCGGGAUAUGGAAGAGAAAGGUGGCCAUCUUAAGAGCUCAAGGGAGUACAACUGAGGCCAUUAGGGAACUGACUGCUCUCCUGGAAGUGUUCAUGACAGACAAGGAGGCAUGGUUGGAGCUGGCUGACCUCUAUACUCUGGCAAACAACUACUCUAAAGCAGCAUUUUGUUUGGAGGAGCUUAUUCUGUUUCAUCCUCACCACCAUCUACACCACCAGAGAUACGCUGAGGUGUGCUAUAGUCUGGGAACAACUGAAGGCUUGGAGUUAUCACGUAAGCACUUUGCCACUGCCCUACAACUCAACCCUGACAAUGUGAGAGCUCUCUACGGCUUCUGCUGGGUAAGCUACUCGUCCAACAGUCAGAAGAAGCCAGCUGAGGUCAAGUCUCGAAACACUCGCUACAUUGAUUGGGCAAAAACACAACUCAAACUAAAGUAUCAGACUGGUAAUGGACAACUGAGGAUUGUAGAGAAAAUGCUGGACUCUCUCAAAUAGAACAUCUGUAUAAUUAUAGGGUGACUAACUAUUAUAUAUAGUCAUGUAAUGUCAUGCAUGCAUAACUGCAUUUUGUUUGAUGAAAUUAUUGUCAAUUCAA